GCAAUAAUAACCAUAAUAACAUUGAGCCUUCAAUAUUAUUGUUUAUGUUGAUUGCUGUCAAAAAAUUUAAUAACAACAGUUAAUGCAAAACUACCUGAUCUAACAUAAAUCAUGAAUAUUUUAGUGAAAUCUUGUGCUUUUGGCUUGGUUAGAAGCAAUGUUAUUGCGAGAUCUGUUGCAACAAGUUUAAUAAAUAAAAGUGAAUUUGAUAAUCUUCAUCAUCCUGAAGGUCGAGAACCAUCAAUUCCUCCUUAUGUUGAACGACAAGGUGAAAGUUCUGAUUUAAAAAGAGCCAGAUUAGUGUAUCAAUCAAGAAAACGAGGAAUGUUAGAAAAUGGCCUUGUGCUCAGUACAUUUGCCAAAAAGUAUUUGGAUACAUUUGACGAUGAAGAACUGAAACUUUAUGAUCGUUUAAUAAAUUUACCAUCAAAUGAUUGGGACUUGUUUUACUGGGCUAUUGGUGUUAAACCAACACCUCCAGAAUUUGAUAAUGAAAUAAUGAAUCUUUUAAAAAAACAUGUUAAAAAUGAAGACAGACAAUCAAGGAUUGUUCAACCAGACUUGUAAUACGUCUGUUAACAAACUUAGUAAAAUAAUUGUUAUAUAGCUAAAAGUUAUUCAAUAAUUAUAGAAAGUAAGAAAAUAUAUUUUUAUUCUUACAUAAUUAUUUAUACACUAAAUUUAAACUUAAUUGUACAGAAACAUCAUUGAACUUUUAAAAUAAAACUUAAUGUUUAAUACUGUAUUAAAGAGAGAUCGAAAAAAAAAU